AUGAAGAGAAACCUAAAUGAAAAUUCAACUCGAAGUACAGCAGGUUGUUUGCCUGUACCAUUGUUCAAUCAGAGAAAAAGGACCAGGCAGCCAUUAACUUCGAAUCCGCUUCAGAGUGACUCAGGGAUCAGCUCUGCUGCCGACAGUUACGAUUUCCCUCCUCUACCAGCAGACUGGGCCUGGGAAGCUGCAAAUCCAGAGUUGGCUCCUCUAAUGAAAACAAGGAGCACAAGUCAAACACCACAUUCAGUUUCUCAUCCCCCGAGAAGUCAGGAGUCUGUGUCUAAACUUGUCCAACCCGAUACUGACAGAGGCCAGAGUGGAUGGAGUUACAGAGGUGGCAACAAAACUGCCAGUUUACAGAUUUGGGAUAAAAAUGAUACUACAUCUCAGUGUAAAAGAACAAACCCAAUGGCAAAUGAUGGAAAUAACUUUUGUCCAGUGAAUUUGGGAGCUCAGCGCCAGAAACAAUUCAAAAUGUCUGAACGUCUUAACUUAUCUCAUCACGGAGAAACUCAGGAACUCAGACAGACACAUUCACCAAAGUUAUCUGGUUCCACAGUAAAAGGCCUAGGUGAAAAUAGUGCAUCACAGGCAUUUAAGCCAAAUUUACAGCAAAAUCAAUUUAAGAACAAAAUGCUGGAUGAUAUUCCAGAAAAGAGCACUCCAAAGGAAGCCUCAUUUCAGUUACAUUUUAAAGAAAAAACUAAUACUUUAAGAAUUGUUUCUGCGGUUAUUGAGAGCAUGAAGUAUUGGCGUGAACAUGUACAGAAAACUGUACUUCUUUUUGAAGUAUUAGCUGUUCUAGAUUCAGCUGUUACACCUGGUCCACAUUAUUCAAAGACUUUUCUUUUGAGAGAUGGGAAGCAUACUGUGCAAUGUGUAUUUUACGAGAUUGAUCGUGAACUUCCAAGACUGAUUAGAGGCCGAGUUCAUAGGUGUGUUGGAAACUAUGACCAGAAGAAGAACAUUUUCAAAUGUGUUUCUGUCAGACCAGCAUCUGUUUCUGAACAAAAAACUUUCCAAACAUUUGUUAAAAUUGCUGAUGCUGAGAUGAGAUAUUAUACUAAAGUAAUGAAUGAAGUUUAG